AUGUCAGUCACAAAUGCAGUUUAUGCAUCAGUUACUCUAUUACAACAAGGCGUCAUCGGUGUCAUCGGUGAUAUCUCUAAUUCUUGGACGAGUCUAAGUGCCCUUAUGACUUCGACUUUAGAGAUACCUCAAUGUUCAUUCACUACUAAUGCUAUUGCAUUUUCUGAUAAAACUCAAUAUAAAUAUUUUUUCAGGACCAUACCAACUCAAGUUUUGGUUGCAGAUGUAAUGCUUUCUUUUGCAUUGAAACAAGGAUGGAAUAAGCUGGGAAUUUUGUAUACAGAUGAUCCUCUUGGUCAACAGUUUUAUCAAAGGGCUUUGUUACAAGCUGCAGAUAUGGAUCUUCAUAUAUUGCAAUUCCAAUCCAUUGAAACCUCUAAUAACCCGGAUAAUAUUAUGAAUGCUUUAAAAAAUAUAUCGAAUAGUGGUGCACGUAUCAUCAUGAUAGCAGCAACAGUGAAACCACAAGUACAAAUUAUGAUUCAAGCUCGUAAUAUGGGCCUUGUGAAUAGAGAUUAUGUUUGGCUUAUGUUAGGAGAUACAUCAGAACAAUUAGAAGCUGCAGUCAUUCAUUAUAAUAAAAAUCAUACUGAUAAUACAAUUAAUUAUGACUUGGAUUAUCAAGGUCUAUUUAUGUUCGAUUAUUGGUUAUCUUUGGAUGGAUAUGACCCCUUUGAGAACUUUAUGAAUAAAUGGCUUACAUUAGAUCCCAAUGCAUUAGCAUACUCAUGCAUGAUGAUCAUGGCUGAAGGUUUUGGGAAAAUUGUUAAUAAUAGUAAAAAUCAAACAGAAGAACUGCAAAGGUUAGCUUUAGGUGAAUUAGGUGAUGAAAUGUUACCAACUGCGUUUAAUAUUGGAUAUGUUGGGCCACAAGGACCAAUGUUAUAUGAUUCAAAUGGUGAUUUAACUACUGGGUAUGUAUUUAUAAUUUCGACUUUUAUAUAUUUAUAUUAUAUAUGUAUAUAUAUAUAUAUUUUUUUAACUUCUACUCUUACUCUCCUCCCCCCCUCCCCUUUUUUUUUUGACAUUUACCAGUAA